UGAGUUCAGACACCUGAGAUGGCGAACGAUAACUGUGGUGAUAAACAAAUGCAGGCACGCAUUCGGUUGAGAGUAGUAGAGAGGGUGCGUACUUUUGUGAAUGUUCUGUCAAAAUAACAGCAGAGCACAUUGCAGAAUCGGAAAAACCAACGGUUAUUUAAUGGUAGCCGAAGAUCUUCAUAACCGGAUUACGAGGGCUGACAUUCAAUUCGAAGCUCGUUAGUUGUCUUCAGACUCGUUUAUGUGUCGUUAGUGAAAUAAGGAAGACAUGACUGAGCUAAGGAAGAGAGGAGGAGGAGGGGGGGAUCCUGACAAGGAGACAGAUGGAGAGGACAGACUGGGCCUGCCUGGAGAGGCUGGAGGAGAUGGAGACAGUGAGUCUAAAGCAGACACCCCAUGCGUUCCUCCCUCCACAGCAGACCACACUCCACAGUUCCUGAAAGAGGCCGUGGAGGGCCUCAACCCCAGGUGGAAGAACUGCUGUAUACGAGGUGUUCUGUCCAUGGCCAUGAUAUCAGGAUUCUUCAUGAUGAUCUACCUUGGACCUGUCAUGCUCAUAUUAGUGGUGAUGACCAUCCAGAUCAAGUGUUUUCAGGAGAUCAUAGAGAUCGGCUACAGAGUCUACCAUUCCUACGAGCUUCCCUGGUUCAGGACACUCAGCUGGUACUUCCUGAUUUGUGUGAACUACUUCUUCUAUGGUGAGACGUUGGCGGAGUACUUUGGUGCGUUGGUUCAGAGAGAGGAACCGCUCCAGUUCCUGGUCCGAUACCAUAGAUUUAUCUCCUUCGCUCUCUACCUGGCAGGUUUCUGCAUGUUUGUUCUGAGUUUAGUGAAGAAACAUUAUCGCCUGCAGUUUUAUAUGUUUGCGUGGACCCAUGUAACCCUGCUGAUAGUGGUGACUCAGUCUCACCUGGUCAUUCAGAACCUGUUUGAAGGAAUGAUCUGGUUCCUCGUCCCUGUCUCCAUAGUGAUCUGCAAUGACAUCAUGGCCUACCUGUUUGGUUUCUUCUUUGGCAGAACACCACUCAUUAAGCUGUCUCCCAAGAAGACGUGGGAGGGAUUCAUAGGAGGAUUCUUUGGAACCCUGGUCUUUGGAUUCAUACUGGCCUACCUGCUAGCUCAGUUCCGGUACUUUGUCUGUCCCGCGGAAUACAACAGUGAGACCAAUCGUUUCACUGCGGAGUGUGAACCCUCAGACAUCUUCGUGAUGCACGAGUACACAUUGCCCUUCGCUGUCCAGAGCAUCCUCAGAUGGAAAACGGUGAACCUGUACCCAUUCCAGAUCCACAGCGUGGCGCUCUCCACCUUCGGCUCUCUGAUUGGUCCCUUUGGAGGAUUCUUCGCCAGCGGAUUCAAACGAGCAUUCAAGAUAAAAGACUUUGCAGACACCAUCCCUGGUCACGGGGGCAUCAUGGAUCGCUUCGACUGUCAGUAUCUGAUGGCUACCUUCACUCACGUUUACAUAGCCAGCUUCAUCAGAGGUCCCAACCCCAGCAAGGUGUUACAGCAGCUGUUGGUCCUGCAGCCAGAGCAGCAGCUGACUAUCUUCUACACCAUGAGAGACCGCCUCAGAGACAGGGGAAUACUGCCCCCUGCUGCCACGGAUGCCUUGUAGAACACACAUGCAAGAGGAGGAUAAUGUGUGUGUGUGUGUGUGUGUGUGAGAGAGAGAGGAAGAGUUUGGCUGUGUGUGUGUGCGUGCGCGUGUGUGUGUCUGAGAGAAAUUGUCUUUGGCUGCUUGUGUGUGUGUGGCUUGCACCUUCUUCCAGACACUCAUCUGCCCAGCGUCUGUUUUUUGUUGUUGUUGUUUUUUACCAGUCAUUAAUGUGAACUAAGGUGUUGCUCCCAUCAUCAAGGAGUUACCAAUAACAGCAGCAACAACAACACGUUCAGACUGUCAUAGCUACCACUGGGACCUGCAUGAGUACCUGAGUACCUAACUACACAAACAAACUGACAAACUGCUUCAGCCGACCGUUAUGCUAGCUAGCAGCAUCAGCCGACCGUUAUGCUAGCUAGCAGCAUCAGCCGACCGUUAUGCUACCAAGCUAGCUAGCAGCAGCAUCAACCGACCGUUAUGCUAGCUAGCAGCAUCAGCCGACCGUUAUGCUAUCAAGCUAGCUAGCAGCAGCAUCAACCAACUGUUAUGCUGACAAGCUAGCUAGCUAAAGACUAAAGGCUGCGUUGCUCUGAAGAAACAGAAUGUCUUCCUAAACAAAAUGGAUCCUAACUAAGCACACAGAUGGUUUGUUUCAUAACAUACUGUAGGGGACAGUGGGUGACUGAUGGCUGGCUGGCUGGCUGGCUGGCUUGCUGGCUGGCUGACUGGCGGUUUCCCUGUGGAUGUAUGGAGAAUAUUGCACUGAUUUUAGCUGACCCGAAGAAAGAGACGUGGUAAAGCUUACAAUACCAGGUUACCAGCAUAUCCUGGGUUACUGUCUUGGUGUUGUAUGUGGUUGGAGCAACAGCAGGGUCUUAUUCACUAGACUCCAAACGGAGGAAAACGGACCGAAACAGGGAGGGACCGACCUGAAUUUGUCCAAUAAGAAAAGCCUCUUUUUACUUUCCGUUGCGUAGUGCUACGGUGUGAAUACGACCCAGAGGACAGAAGUGUGUUUUUGUAUAUAAGCUGCUCCAACAUGUUUUCAAGAUACUAAAAUACACUGGACUUGGGCAUGGCCGUUAGUAUGAUCUGUCUAUCAGAGAUAAUGGUCUUCACUUCACUUAAUGUAGAAGUAUUUUUUUUAUGAUACGAUCGAAAAACAUGAAGCAUGUUUCUAAGUUCUAUCGUUCAUUACUGCUAGAAAAAGCCGUUUUUUUCCUAUGAACUAGUUUUAGGUUCUAGAUAUACCUACUGUAGGGAUUGGCAGUUGACCUCGCCCUAUACAUAGAUGGAGCUUGUGCAUUGGCAUGGAUGUAGACACUAAACAAACCCAGUAACUAUAGCAACCAGCACAUGUGCACUUAUGUCCAAUGUAUUACUGUACAUAGAAUACAUCAUAUAUUUAGCUGAACAAAAUACCUAAUAUAAGAUCUGUGACUUGUCAAAAGAUACUAUUAUAUGAUAGUCAUAUUUUCAAACAAAACUAUUCAAUGGGGUGUUAAUAAUCAUUUGUAGCAAUAGCAUGAACAAGCUAUGGGGUUGAAUAGGUAGCUAGCUGGGGGAUAAGGAUAGAUAGAUAGAUAGAUAGAUAGAUAGAUAGAUAGAAGCUAUGGGGUUGAAUAGGUAGCUAGCUGGGGGAUAAGGAUAGAUAGAUAGACAGAUACCUAUAUAUACUUACACUGAGUGUAUAAAACAUUAGGAACACCUUCCUAAUAUUG